UCGCACCCUCCCUCCCUCCCCAGUCCGAUCACGUGCGCGUGACGUCACUUGCCGACAUGGCGGCGGACAGGAACAGAGGGCAUGGGUCGGUGGAGGACAUGCUGGACGCCGAGAACAAACGUCUGGCUGACAACUUGGCCACUAAAGUCUCCCGACUCAAAUCUCUGGCGUACGACAUCGACAGAGAGGCCGAGGAUCAAAACGACUACUUGGACGGCAUGGACUCCAACUUCCUGAGCACCACGACUCUCCUGGGCGGCAGCGUCAAGCGCUUUUCCAACAUGAUGCGCUCGGGACGCGACAACCGUCGCGUCAUGUGCUACGUUGCCAUGGGCCUGGUGGUCUUCUUCUUCCUGCUCUACUACGCCGUCAGCCGGAUGAGACGCUGAACAAAAGGGCAAAAACCAAAGGAGGCGAGGCAUGGAUGCGAUCUGCAGGGGGCGGGCGGAAAAGCACCCUCUUGGAUCCAAAAGACCACUCUUUCUUUCGUUUUUUUUGUGGCUGUGAGAUUUACAAACGUCCUCUCUGGGGGGGGGGGAUUGGGUUGGGUUGGAAUGGGUGAUUCAAGUUUCUUAAUAAUACUGCCCUCUAAAAUACACUUUGUAAAAUAGCACAUAGCGAUGUUACAUGUAAAUGCUCCUGCAAUCGACAUCAGACUUACUGCUACCUAUUCUUAUAUUUGAGGUCUAUAUACCGUGUUUAUUUCUUGCCAGUUGACUUUUCAAUUCCAUUCCACUUUUGUGUUGAUUUACAUUGAAUUGUUUUCAAAUAGUUUUAAUUGUUUAUUUGAAAUAUACAUCAUUUUUGCAUUAAAUGGUUGUUGGUUUGAAUAA